AUGGCAUUGCAGGUGAAUACGGGAACAACGCUUCUCUAUUUGCCCACGGAGAUUGUUGUAGCCUAUUAUUCCCAGGCCACCGAGGCAUAUUUCUAUGAGGACCAGGCGGUAUUCAUUUUCCCUUGUGCCUCACCAUUGCCGGACUUUGUUUUUGAAAUCAAUUCAUAUCGCGGUGUUGUUCCCGGGAAGUAG